CAUCUUGUUUUGGUCUGUUUUGUUCCUGGUGAAAACGAAACGAAGGAUUUUUACUGUGGUUGAGUUGGAAUGCUACCGAGACCUUUGUAUUUCCCCUACCAGAGCAGUUAUUCAAGGCGACGACCCAGAAAUCGUAGGAGUUCUCGUCGCCCAAAACCAGAAUACGAGCGUAACAUUGUUUCCGCAUUUUUCGCUCUUGCAUCGGCGGUGCUUCUUGCAAUCGCUGAAGCCGAACCAAAAUGGCUUCAUAUCGUCGGUGGAAAGUGCGAAGGAAAGUACAUUGGAAUGUACAAAGUCAUUGCCUAUAAACAUCCUGAGGAAUUAACUUCAUACUGUUUUACAAAAAGCAUUGUUCUUCUCUUGCGAGUGGUUGUUGCACUGAGCUGUGCUGGAAUUGUGUUUAGCAUGUUUGCAUGUUUGCUAGAUUUGUGUGGCACAAUGAACAGAUGUCUUAAGGUUGUCAAAGAUUAUUCUGUUGGAAAUGUCAUGUCAGUUUUGAUGUGUGUUACCAGCAGCCUUCUCAUUUACUGGGUUACUCGGAUACUGGAAACAGUUGGUGAAGUGGACAGUAAAGAUCCAGCAAAGGUUAAAUUUGAUGUCAGCUUCUAUCUUGUGGUGGCAGCAGGAGGCUCGUCAGUAAUGGCUACUCUUUUUAGCUUAAUUAUGCAUUGCUAUUUACAUAGUGUGAGAGAGAGGACUCAAUCUGUGGACGAAUUGGAGCUGAUGUAUUCUAUGUUACCUGCAGACAGUGUUUCUGACUUUCCACCCCCUGCUUACUCACCAUAAACUACUUUACCACAGACUGCAGCUAAUAAAUUGAUUUUCAGGUACUGUUAGUAAUUAAAUGAAAAGUUGGAAUCAAGAAUAGGCAGCUUUUUUUUAUUUUUGUUUGUUUGUUUGUUAUUUUUUUUAUUGCAUGUAUUCAUGCAUGUAAUGAAUGAUUUUCUGAUUUUGCGGGACAUGUCCUAAAGCUACUGUGAGCUCUCUCAUUCCAACUUAUAGUUUAUGUAUAAACUGUAGUUUACAUAUAGUGGCAUAUUGUCACACAUAAUUUGGGUGGUGAAAUUGUAAUCCACAACUCACCUACCUGAAUAAGCCUGCUAAGGUAUGUAUGUGGUAAAAUUCUUUGUUUUAAUGAAAGUGGUUCUGGUUUCAAACAAAUUAGGGUCCAUCUGCACAAGGCAAAUUUUUGUUUCUUUUGCAAAAAUAGCUGUCGUUUAUUUCAUUUUAGAAGUGUAGACAGUGAUUUUCAGCCUUACCAAAUUUUGUCAAGACAAACCAAACUUCAAAAGUUCUUGCCUCGGAGCAGGUCAAAUUUAAGUCGAGCAUCAGAACUGGCAGAUCUGUAAAUCCACUUUAAGGUAAACAUUGAUUACAUUCAUGAACAGAUGGUGUUAAAUGCCAUGGGAUUUUUACUUUUAAGUGCAGAUGCUUUUACCAAAAUGAAAUUUUGGUGGAGACAAGAUUUAUCGUGAUUUUUGGUAGGGCCAAAAUAAUUUUUGUAGCCGAGUUCAGCUGGACCCCUGAUAUUUAUUAGAAACCAGAAGCACACAAGUUAACUCUGACAUUCCUUUACUCUUGGCUAUGAGAUUGCUUUUCAUUAUUAUAGUUGCCUUUGGCUUAAAGCUUUCCUUCUUGAUGAAAAGUUUUCUUUUAUUUGUAAUAAUUUUUUUAUUAUUGAAAAUGUAGAUUUUUGUUAAUAAGACUUAAGAUAUCAGAGGCCUGUUCACACCCAAUGGUCUUGCAAGCUGAUGUUCAGCUCAAAGCUGAGAACAGUACUGCUGUUAACAAAGUAAUCAAUUCAAAUAAUGAACAGAAGUGUCUCUGAGCAUUUUGAUUUCAUACAAAAAAUGGAAAUAGAAAAAAAAAAGGUUGCUGGUUAGCCUGUGAAAUGUGAAACUUAAAAAAUAUAUAUAUUUUUAUGAAGGUGCAAAAGAGUUACAACCUUGUCAGGCACAGUAACGUCAUUCCCAGCGAUUCAUGCAGAAGUGUGGUAGAGUAAUUUACUGGUGCAUGAUUUGUUUACACAACUUUGAAUCCCAGUGACAUACAUGUAAAUGUAAGAACAUGUUGUCUUACUUGUUAAUUCAUGGUGAAAGGAAUGGUGUACAGCUACUGUAGCAAAAGUUUGGCUGUACAGUUUCUGUGCCCACAGUAGGAUGUUUUUGUAUUAUGUAGUUUACAAUGUUUAUUCUUGAGAAAGAAUAAGUAUGAAUCUAAUUCAAAUUGUGCUGUGUAUGUAAGUUAUAAAAAAAUUUAGAUUGCUUUGUAUUUAUCAUGAUUGGCCGUGAUUUUAAGCCAUUUUCUACAAUGGCUUAAUGUACAGUAGUUAACAUUUGGUUCAUGUGUAUGAAUUUUUGAAAUUAAUGAGAAACAGGUACCAGGACUGAUGAAAAUAUGGGAAGAAUUUUUUUGUGUGUAAAUUAUUAUGUUUAAUAACCGUUUCCAACCAUCUAUCCGUAAGCAUUCUGUGGGCUGUCACGCAAUGCUUCUCUGCAGCAUUGCAUGACAACUCAAAUUAUGAAUGCUGCUAAAAGACGUCUUGCUGCAACAAUAAAUUAUGGGUGUAACAGUCCAAGGAAUGUAACUACACUGAUUUAGGGAAGUAAGGACUUGUAGAAUUAUUGCAAUAACCAACUCUAUUUUGUCAACAGUGUAGCUGGACUGUUGCAUAAAGUCAUCUCCAUUUAGACAACUAUAGAGCAAGUUCAAUGAACUUACCUAUAGUUAUCACUAAAUUUUAGUGAUAAUGACAACAUGAUCUCUAUUGAGUAAGCAGGUAGUAACUAGGUUUAUAUGGUUCCUGAGACGUUUGAUAUUUGCUGCUCAAGCAAAUGGAUUUCACAUCAGUUUGUAACCAAAUGUUUUCUGUACAAAAGAAAUCUCGUCAACUAAUGUCACCUAAUGCAAUAUCCCAUUAGGCAAGUAAGAAAUUAUAGGAGUUUUGUUCUUCAGAUGAGUGUCAAAUGGAACUAUGUUCUUUGUUUGUUGGUUUUUUUGGGGGCAGUUGGGCGGGGGGGGGUCAGUGGUUGAACAGAUGUGACUAAAAAUCACUCUGGCAACUAAUGAUUUAUUAAAGGAUUUUGUAAGAAAGCUAUGUUUAAGUUUAGGUUCAUAUUAUCAUACAGCUCUUAGAUGCAUGCAUACAUUGUAACUCGUAAAUGACAGUAUCACCUCUAGGUGAAAUUUCUAGUAACAUGGUGUAGUUAAGGAAAAUUUGUACAUAAUGCUAACAGUUGUCAUUUUUAUUAAAAUGAGGUAUUUUGUA